AGGGGCUGGCAGACCAACAGUGGUCAUCAGUCAAUCUACGGUCGUACACAUCGUUCAUCGAAAACCCUCAAGACAGCAACCAAACGGUCAAACACAAAAUCAAGAUGCAAUUCCAAGUGUGUUUCGCCCUCAUCGCUAUGAUCGUGUGCUUCGCCGCCGCCGCCGAAGAAGCCAAAACCGCAUCCGACAAGUCCGCAGUCACCAAGUCCGCCACCGACAGAAGCAAACGUGGCCUGUACGCUCCACUCAUCACCUCCCCGUAUGCCCCAGCGUACGCAGCACCAUACGCAGCUCCGUACGCUGCCCCUUACGCCGCCCCGUACGCCGCCCCUUACGCAGCUCCUUAUGUUGCCCCUUACGCAGCACCGUACACCGCCCCAUACGUAGCAUCCCCUUACGCAGUCGCCGCCCCAUACACUUCUUCGUACGUAUCUUCUUACGGAGCUUACCCAUACGGUUAUGCAGCUUCACCAUACGGUUUCUACUGAUCGACAACUUCAAGAUCAACAUAAUAUUAUUAUAAUUUUUAUAUACCUUAAUUGUACCAGGUAUAUUUUCCGUAAAACGAAAACAGAUAAAUAUAAUUUUGUAUUUGAAAACAAUUAUACACAGUAAUGGACAUGUAUUCUGUUAAGCAGUACACUGUAGGUACCUAACUAAUAUGGAUACCUACGCAUUUUUUGUAGUCUUAUUAUUUUGUAAAUAAAUAUACCUUAAAAUCAAAUAA